AUGAAGAAAACUAAAAAUUUUAUUUUAGGUUUUCUGACCUUGAUUAGGCUAAUAUUUUAAGAAUUCAAAAAUAUUUUUAUAUUACAAUUUAGAAAAAUAUUCAUGCAUUUUAAAAUUCAAGAAUAUUAGAACCAAACAGCUAAAUAACUGGAGUCUGUUGAAAAAUUGUGAGU